CAGCUGCGGGGUCGGCUGAUCAGAAGCCUGCUCGCCCUUGCGAAGUAGGGCGCCACAUCCUGACAACAGGCCUGGCCAGGGCUGCGUUCGCACUAUAACCCCCAGAGUCCAGCGCGCCGAUGCCGGCGCGGAGCAGUGACGUCUCUGGAGCACCCAUCCAUCUGGAGCCAUGGUCCAUGCCUUCCUCAUCCACACCUUGAGGGCCCCGAAUUUGGAAGAUACAGGCCUUUGCCGAGUGCUCUACUCCUGUGUCUUUGGUGCUGAGAAGUCACCCGAUGAUCCACGGCCACAUGGUGCAGAAAGGGACAGGCUCUUCCGCAAGGAACAGAUUUUGGCGGUGGCCAGACAGGUGGAGUCACUGUGCAGGCUGCAGCAGCAAGCAUCUGGAUGUCCCUCCACAGACCUGCAGCCUCAGUUCUCAGAUGAGACUGUGUCCCUUCACGAGGCCCCUCAUGGAGCCUUCUUCCUGGGAGCUGGGGACCCUUUCCAGGAGCCACAGACGGUGGUGUGGAUGGGUGUGCUCUCCCUAGGCUUUGCCCUGGUGCUGGACACUCAUGAGAACUUGCUACUGGCUGAGAGUACACUCCGGCUGUUGGUCCGCCUCCUUCUUGACCACCUCCGGCUACUGACACCAGGUAACAACUUCUUGUUGCGGUCUGACCGCAUUGAGGGAAUCCUCACCCGCUUCCUGCCGCAUGGGCAGUUGCUUUUCCUCAAUGACCAGUUUGUCCAAGAUCUGGAGAAGGAAUUCAGUGCUGCUUGGCCCCGAUGACCUCCCCCACCAGAAUGAGGACAAAGAGGACGGGUAAAGAUUACAUAAUUCAAGGAGAACUUUGGCAUCUGCCUCUUACCCAGGCUUGCUUUAGUCUGACAUAUGGCCACACCCAGGACAAAUGGAUUGGACAGGCUGGCAGGAAGAGGCUUGGGCAGAAGGCAGAGGAAGCUGUCUGUGCCUAUUCUCAGGUCAGUGAAAUUGCAGAACACCCUGAACCUGGAGCUGCCAUGUGACCUCUUAGACUCUGCAGUGUUCACCACACUAGAACUUGGCUCCACUUCCUUCCAGCCCUACCAGCUGCCUGUACUGGAGCAGUGUACUGCCUGCCAAGACUUUAACUUACCUUCUCUAAAACCCCAGCACAAAAGGAGUCUCUGGGACUCCCUUCAAAGUGGGGGAGCUGGGCCAGUACCCUGGCAGUCCCUGGCCCUGGCCUUUGCACAUCAUCAAGGAUUUUGUCAGCAAGACCUGUUCUGCAUCCAGCUCCACCACAGUCCAGUAUAGGGGGAUUCUGAAGCUCCUUAUGUGUUGAGCCUGCAUCUGUCAGGCAAGCUGAGAGCACAACAGGCUUUCCUCAUGUGGCAGGCAAAUGCCAGGCCUCUGGCCCAGGUGAUGUCUUACUUUGAAUUAAAAAUAAUGGCUGUCUGUC